CAACCAGAGUAGGCUAUGGUGGAGUUGGAGUAAGUGUGCUGCUGUUUGGACAUCUGGUCUCAGGUAAAAUUCGCAACUACCCUUGGGGAACAUUGAAAAUGAGUUCAUCAAAUCUUGUGCAGAGGAGGGACAAGCAAUACCUCUUGCCAUGGAUGAAAAUAUCAAGGCUUGAUACAAAACAUAAGCAGAACAUGGCACCAGAGCAGAUUAUACAUCGUAUUCUCCAAAAUAAAUCUGAUGUUCAUCCGAAGGACAUUCUUCCCGAUAUUGUUAACAGAAUGAGGCUUAAGGGGUUUUAUAUUAAGCUGUAUUGCGUAAGAAAACAGUCUAAGACAAGAUGGAAAUUUGAUCAUUUUGUUACUGAAGAAGCGAGAAGUGAACUAAAUGUUGGCACUAGAAAUUAUGCACUGUUGUUCUUCUACAGAGAUGUUGAUCAUGACGAAGAACGUAGACCACAGAUUUACGCUCUUACCACAGGACCUGCUUGGAAAUUACUUAAGGGUCAUAUCGACUGUCCUUUUCCUAAAGGUAUUGGUCGGCGAAUACUAGAUUUCCGUUUAAAGGUAUUGUCAUCAAAACAUUUACUGGGGGAAAAGAUUUCAUCUUAUGCAACCUACUGGCAGACGGAGUCAGAAACAUUCCUAUCAUUUUGGGACUGCCUUGGUGACAUCACGAGCAAAUACCAGAUGCCUAUCAAGAAGCAGUCGUCAUUGUACACACUCCUUGUCAAAGAUGGAAAACGUGCGGUAAACGUCGAGAUCAGUGAAGUUUGUGUCACAUUUCACAAGUGUCUUAGUUGGGAAGAUAUGUCGGCGCUGUUGAUAAGGAUGUCCCAAAUAUUUGAUGGAAAUGAAACUGGUGAGACAAUGGACAAAGAUGACCCUCGUUUUGACGUGUUUGACCACGUACAACUUGUGAACUCGAAAUCUGAGAAGCAGAAAUACGAUGACAAAAUGAAAACAUUCCUGACCGAAUCAUUAAAACAAUCAUGUACUACAAGUCGUGUAAGGCUAGUGCACAAAGACGUUGAAAGUUGGGUAUCAGCUGACAGGUUUCUCCUUGAGAGGACAAAUGCAACUGAAAGAUUAAUGGCAAAAUGGGAAGGACGUCCUCCAACAUUAAAAGAGGUACUUGAGGCUUGCAGGCGCUACGUGGAGGAAAAGAGGGUUCCACAUGCUGCCCUAGAGCAACUAGUGAAUGACGUGUCUAUUCGGUUUGGUAGCACAGAGACAGGUAUAUUCACCGUUAGAGGAAAGGCAAAGCUGAUAGAACUGAUUGAAGGACACUUUCCCACUGACUCUGGAAUUUCAGUAUUUAGAUAUUAUGGCACAUGGUAUCAAAUUAACGUUGAAUAUUUGACGAAAAUUGAGGAACAAUUUUCGCAGCUGAUGGAAAUUUGUAGUUUGAAAAGGGACAUACUGCCAUUACCAUGGCUAUAUUCUGAAAGCAAACCGGAAAACGUAGACCCUAAAACAAUCAAAUACUGGAUCAGACAACUUAACUUUAGUGACAAUGGCUACCCUCUCAAGGAUGAAAUUGAUUUUAACGAUUUUUUGUUGGAUGAAACAAAUGACGUUGUAGAGAAGCAGCUGAUUGCACGAUUGUCUUCCCAACAACAAGAACGGGAGUACAACAGUGGGUACAUACUGUAUAACAGAAUAUUCUCACAAAGGACUGAUGUCGAAUCGGGAUAUUUGCUUGGAGACAACAUUUUAAUGAAAACUAUAGAGCUUUUUGAUCUACUUCACUACACACCGGAAUGUACAUAUCUGAUCCAUGUCAAAAAUGGCUUUGGACAUUCCUUCAGGGACGUUUGUUCUCAAAUUAGAAUAUCAGCUGACUUUUUGCACUGUUACAUGAAUGUUACUAACAGGUUCAAUAUCCUUCAAGAAUUCUGGAGAAUUGCUACCAAAAAGAAGGCAACACCCUACAGACAGGCUGUAAGACGAAUGUAUAAAAAUGUGGGAUAUAACAGAUUUGAACGAAUGUUCGACAGGGAAAUUUGUUUUGUUUUGGCAUACAGAGACAAUAUUAACACCGCAAAAAGAGGCACUUUUUCCAUAACUAAAUGCAAAAAGCUCACUAAACUUUUAGGAAAAGUUGCUACAGAAAGCCUGUCGAGGAAUUUGGCAGAAAGGGACUUUCUUGAGAAAAGACGAGGUAAAUACUAUCUCACAGAUAGGAUCUUUAUGUUAACGGCUGAUAUAGUGAUGGACAUUAUCCAUGUACCUGUCCAUAAUGCUAAAAAAGUCGUUGAUAUUUUGAAAGAACGUGUUUCCAAGUCCUUCAUUUCCAAAAUGGAGUUAAUUCAAUUGUACAGCUACUUCAGAAAAUUUUCCAGAGGAGCAAAUGUUUUUUCUUUAAGGAUUUACAGCAUAGAAAACCAUAACCCUUCAACACUUAUGCAGGAGCCUGGUGUAGAAAGGUCGAUCUUCUCAGGGUCACUUGUAUCACGAACAGGUGAUGAGUAUCAUCAAAGAGAGAAGUCCAAUAAACGGAUGCAUGACAGCGAGAGGUCAAGAAGCUCAGGAUCACUUUCAUCACACAGUAAUGCUGUGUGUCGCCAAAGAGAGAAGACCAAUAAACGGAUGCAUGACAGCGAGCCGUCAAGAAGCUCAGGAUCACUUUCAUCACACAGUAGUGCUGUUUGUCGCCAACGAGAGAAGUCCAAUAAACGGAUGCAUGACAGCGAGCCGUCGAGAAGCUCAGGAUCACUUUCAUCACACAGUAGUGCUGUGUGUCGUCAAAGAGAGAAGUCCAAUAAACGGAUGCAAGACAGCGAGCCGUCGAGAAGCUCAGGAUCACUUUCAUCACACAGUAAUGCUGUGUGUCGCCAAAGAGAGAAGACCAAUAAACGGAUGCAAGACAGCGAGCCGUCGAGAAGCUCAGGAUCACUUUUAUCACACAGUAGUGCUGUUUGUCGCCAAAGAGAGAAGUCCAAUAAACGGAUGCAUGACAGCGAGCCGUCGAGAAGCUCAGGAUCACUUUCAUCACACAGUAGUGCUGUGUGUCGUCAAAGAGAGAAGUCCAAUAAACGGACGCAUGACAGCGAGAGGUCGAGAAGCUCAGGAUCACUUUCAUCACACAGUAGUGCUGUGUGUCGCCAAAGAGAGAAGUCCAAUAAACGGAUGCAUGACAGCGAGCCGUCAAGAAGCUCAGGAUCACUUUCAUCACACAGUAGUGCUGUGUGUCGCCAAAGAGAGAAGUCCAAUAAACGGACGCAUGACAGCCAAUGGUCGAGAAGCUCAAGGUCACUUUCAUCACGCAGUAGUGCUGAACAUCAUCAAAGAGAGACGUGUAACACACGAAAAUCUGAUAAAUGGAAUUCUGAUGGGAAGUGGUCAACUCAGCUUUCUCAGAAACGGAUACCUGAUAGACUCUUGACAAACGACAUUGGAAGCGGCAGAGAUGUGGUACCCAACAGCAGUACGGUUGCUGGGAUUCUUCCUCUUGAAAGGCAAGAGUCAGUGCCGUAUCCUAAACGCCCUAAGAUGCAGCUCAACUAUGGGGAGUACGGCCACACGUACCUUGAUAGGGAAUGA